CCACAGGAGCCAUCUUGCCAACUUUGCACUACUCUUUUCAUUUGCACAAUACCACUGUAAAUAUUGUUGUCAUUCCUGACAUUGUUUAUAUAUAUAUAUUUAUUCUGGUAGUUCUUAUAUUUCUUAUAUUUAUAUAGUGCUGUUCUAUAUUUAUAGUAGUUAGUAUUGGUUUUUGGGCUUAUACCACUACCAGGGAAACUAAUUUCGUUCCACCUCAUGUUUCUACAUGUGUGAAAUGACAGUGAAGCUCCUUGAAUCCUUGAAAGUCUCCAGUCUGAAUGGACAUAAAGUACUGCAUCACCUGAUGACUGUUGAUAUAACGAAAAUAAGACGUCAUUGCUUUAAUGCAAAAGGUCAGAUUUAGCCUGAUCUCCAUGUUGUUUUCCUCCUCUUGCAGCUGGAAUCCCUCUGCCUGUGUUCCUUUUCCGUCCUGUCUCUCCCUGUUUAUCACACAGUUUUUAGCAUCCUCGUACCAUCUUCCUUGUAGCGCUGUCUACACACAUCUGGUUAGAUUUUAUGGUGCAGAUGGUGACAGCUGAAAACAGGAUAACAAACAGCCAAGGUCUCAAAUUUGGUUACAUUCUUCUCUGCCAAAGUCUGUGUGCAUGGAAGUCCGGGAAACACUUCUGUGGUCUGCACAUGAGUGAAUACGAAUGGGUGGUUAUUUUCUGUCAUACUUGUGCGGACCUUCAGACCGGACGGUGGAUCAAACAGGCAGCAGAGCUCUGGGCUCUGGUGUUUGGACUUGUGUUAUAUUGCAGAAAAAACAUUUCAUUUCCUUGGACUAAUUUGGUAAUUUGGUUUUCUGAAUUUGCUGGGAGUAGUGAGUCGUACCAGGGGUACUUGUUAGAGGGCAGAGGGUCUGUGGUCGGCAGGGGCAGAUGGAAAGAUUGUGCUGUCUCUCGUUUUUAAAAGAAUAGAAUUUAUGAUUCAGUAAUAAACAUGUGCACCCACCAACAGUCAGUUGCCAGUUUGUUAGGUACAUCAACCCAACACCACAUGAAAUUAAGGGAUAUUCAUUCUCUACAUUUAAGUCCUCCCUGGCGCAGUGCCAACUACACCUGAUCUGGUGCCUUGGUCAGUAGAACUGGUGGGAGAAUUUACUGAAUAUAUGUGCUUUUUGUGGGGGGAGAACAUGCAAACUCCCCACAGCAAGGUCCUGCCCAAGUCAGGAUUCAAACCCUCUGCUAACCACUAGGCUGGUACCAGAGGAUAAUUGUGCACUUUCAACGAAUCAGAUGACUUCCAGUCCCUCACAUCUACUGGCGCUGAACUCAAAAUAACAGUCUUUACAGAACUACAGUGAGUGUGUGCCUUCUUGUUUUCACACGUAUUUCUAUUUCAGGCAAACUGGACUUCAUUGUUAGCAUCCUGCCUCCUUAAGCCCACUGAGACACCAGAGCUCCCACGCUGCUCAUUGUUAUUUACUAAAUGUGUCUGUUACAUUCUCUCUCGCUCUCCCCAUCCUCCAUCCUCCAUCCUCCCUCCUCUUCCUUUGCUUCCUCUGGACCUCCUCUACACUCAUAUGUUACCUUAAGCCAAGACAAGCGGAUCUGAAUGACGCUGGGCCGAGUUUGGAGGGGUGGGGGGGCGUGCGGCGCUCAGAGCUUCCCUCCCACUGCCAGAGAUUCCCCCAUGCUUUGCUAAUGGCAUAUCAGCAGCUGUCAGUAGACCCUGCACUGCGUCAGCCACUUUAAUUGGCCUGCAUGGCUGUGGUCUGCAAAGCGCUCAGCAGAAUUGAGUCAACACCCCCCUCAAAUCCCCCUCGAGCCUUUUUCUAUAUCAUUAGUGUAAUGCUCCUGUUUCCUCCAAGCCACUGAGAUAUGGGGAGAUUCCAACAAGCGGGGGAGUGGGGGGGGGGAUGAGGAUGAGGAAUGAGUCACACGCCAGCACCCAUCUUUUUUUUUUUUUUUUUUUUUUUGCAGUUUGCAGAGGAAGAGAAGGUCGAAGGAAUAAAUGCUCUCUUUUGUAUCUUUAAAGAACAACCCAUUCUGUAAUGAAAGAGCCAUGAAAACUGAAUUGAUUCUUCUUGUAAACUAAUCAGACCCAACAGCUGCACGCUCUGUGCAGUGAAUGUACGAUCAGAGAGUUCACCCACAAGCCUUACACGGCUGGCUGCAGCACCAUGUCUUCGGCUCAGAGUGGGGAUAUCUCAGGCUACCAUCUGAGUGUGGUACGAAACCCACCUGGCUGGGAGGUGGGGAUCUACCUGGUGGGUUUCUUUGUGCUACUUGGAGUGGCUGGACUCAACAUCUGGAAGCUGUGGAAAUCUGGAACCUUCCCCGCGCCGUCCCCCUUCCCCAACUUUGACUAUCGAUACCUGCAAGAAAAAUAUGGAACGUCCUUCUCCGAAGUCAGGCAAAAGAGAGUGGCUGCCAACAAUCACAGGAGAACCUCCACCACCUCCAGCCGCAAACCCAGCCUGGCCCUUGGUGACACCCCAGACGGUUUCAGAGACCUGGGCCACCUGGAGCUGAUGAGCAGGGAGCUGGACCCGACCGGCAUGGCCCAGCUGAACCGAUCCAUCUCCACUGACUCACUCAGCUCCAUCUCCUCCAUCGCUAACAACUUCGGCCACGACUUCACGGUUGGCCAGCUGGAGGUGACGCUUGAGUUUGAGCCUUCCAGGCAUCCAGGCCAAGGCACCGGAAUGCUCCACAUCACUCUGCACCAGGGCAAAGACUUGCUGGAGAAGGAGGAGGGAGACUUCCCAGGCUGCUUCAUCAGAGUCUCUCUGGGGCCAGAGGAGCUCAAUGUUGGAGUCACAAGGGUCCAGACGAAUGCAUUCACCGUGAUUUUUGACGAGCGCUACUCCAUCCCCGUGGACUUGCCCACGCUGGAGGAGUACAGCCUGCGUUUCGCCGCUUUCGGCAUCGAUGCUGACGAAAGAAACAUCAGCGCCGGGGUGGCAGAUCUCAAGCUGUCAGACCUGGACCUGACCAUCAGACCAUUCAACGCCUGGCUCUACCUUCAGGACGUCAAUAAGGCUGUGGAUGCAGUAGGGGAGAUCCUGUUGUCUCUCAGCUAUUUGCCAACAGCAGAGCGUCUCACAGUGGUCGUGGCCAAGUGCAAGAACCUGGUGUGGACCAACAGCAAGACCACUGCAGACCCGUUUGUCAAAGUGUAUCUCCUGCAAGACGGCAGGAAGAUCAGCAAGAAGAAAACUUCAACCAAAAGGGACGACACAAACCCCAUCUUCAAUGAAGCCAUGAUCUUCUCUGUGCCGUCCAUCGUCCUGCAGGAACUGUCCCUAAGGGUGACCGUCGCCGAGACAACAGACGACGGCCGAGGCGAGAACCUGGGUCAUGUAAUCAUCGGCCCGGAGGCCAGCGGGAUGGGGAUCACCCACUGGAACCAGAUGCUGGCCACUCUGAGGAAGCCCGUGUCCAUGUGGCACCCUCUGCGCAGAGUCUAGGAUCCUGUUUUGAGUUAAACACUUGUUUUCUCACGUUCUUUUCACCUCUCUCUUUAUUUGGUGCCAAUCUGUUACUUUGUUUAAGUAAGAUAAGAGCUGUGCUGGCGAGUAACAAAUUGGUGUGAACACCUUAUCUUAGUACAUGAGGGAGGAAUCUGAAAAGCCAGUGUUUGACCCUGAACGGCGUGUGUCAUUGAUCCCUAGAUCAAUUAUACAUUGAAAUCCUGUCUUUAGUAUUUGGCUUCAUUCUGCCUGCAUUAUAGGUGAGGGUGGCAUUUAGGAAGACGCAGUGCAUGUUAUGGUGGCCCUGAGAGAUCGACAUACUGCAGCUUAAAGCAGAAACAGACGACUUUCAGCUCCCCCCUGCUUUUCCAGAUGAUAUUAUUGUUGGCGCCAUUGUCAUAAAGAGAACUGGAUCACUUUCCAUUUUCCUCAGAGUAGCAACUACCAACAGAGGACAAAAGCAGGAAUUUAUGCAUUCAUUUAGCCUGUAAUGGAGACAUGAAAGCAGUUAGAGAUGGUGCCAGGCUGCCAGUCUGGUUUCAUUUUUCCUGGAGAUGUCAUGCCCGGUGCUUUGUUUAAGCAAGGUUUCUAAACGCUGAUGUUGCCAGUACUCUACAGCCAUUACACUGUACAGUCAGCCUUUACUUCAAAAUGAUAAUGAUAAGAAGUAAGAAAACCUACCAAUCUCACAACACAAAACAAAGUGAGUAAACACAACCAAAUACCACAAACACCAUGGAAAGACUCAAAAUCAAUAAAACUAUGAGCAAAACUGUAAGAUUUUUUAAGUGGGACCACAAGUUUGCAUUGCAUAGCUUUUUAGUGUCCCCGUAACAAACAGCUUCUGUUGUCAUGUGUGCAACUUGCAGCAUUUUGGUUGUGAUUUCUCACUUCACAGUCUUUUUGUCUCAGUGCUUCACGUGUUUUCAAAUCGGUGAAGAUGUUUUGUGUUUUGUCGUUUGCAUGUCUUCUGUUGUUGCAGUGUGUCCUCUCAGGGCCACCGUAUCAAAUCCAAAAUUGCCCGCAUUGCAUACUGAAAGUAAAUUGCAUAUUAAUCUCUUCCUCCUGGCUUAAAAACUUGGGCCAAAUCCUGAUUCCCCAUCACGGUAACAGCAAAGGAAACAUGAAUAUGUGGAUACCUUUUCCCUCCUAAGCCAUCUUGAUCAGAAAUUUCAGUUUGCCUUUAAAGUGAGUUUUAAUUAACAAAAGCAGCCCAGCCUUUGAAGGCCUCUCAGUCUUUGCAUGGUGCCUACUGGUUGUCCCUGUUUUAGCUGUUUAGAGAACGACUGACUGGGCGGAGGGGUGAAAUCACUUCUCUAUCAGGAAAACGCUCAUUUAUCUUUUCAAACCAGUCACUGAUUGUGUUGACGUGAUUGAAUUCAUAGUGGAUUCAGAGCCGAGUUGAAUUAGCUCUGUUGGAUUUGCUUGUGUAAUUUGUUCAUGGUGAGACUGACAGAUAAUAGAGGUUUUGGUAUGUUUGGUAUUUAUUGUGCUUUUGAAAAAAAAAAAGAAAAGAAAAAGAAAAAUCCAGGUACUCUUAUCCAGGUGAAAUAAUUGUAAUUUGUAGCAGUUGUUACAGGGUGGCAAAAUCAGAUGUAAUUAGCAUAUAAAUAUCAUAUUACAUUGUUCUAUUUUUGCCAUGAUUAAUGCAAUACAACUUGCAAUGCAUAUAUUUAACAGUGUAAAUAUUGUACUGGAACAUUUUUCUCGUUACUAUUUUUUCCUCUAAAUUCUCUGUGCAAAUCAUGUUUUUCAUAGUAUUACACUUUCAUAACACCAACGUUGUUGCUGAUCAAUUAAUUGUUAUCAAAACACCUCUGGGAAUUUAACUUGUGAUGUUAAGAAUACUAACCCUUUUAAAUGGGUUUACUUUGGCUCCUUUUGUGUUAAAGGAAGCACCUUGAUAUUCUGAAUUAAUCUGUCAUUGUCACGCUCGUUUGGCUUCUGUUGUUAAGAUACCUGCGAACUUUUCAUAAAUACUGAAGGUGUUCCAGGUUGAAACCAAGAGGAGCCACUUUGCAACCUGAAGCCUGAUUGAUAAUAUUGCUAAAAAAAAUUUGUUUUGUUUUGGUUUGGUUUUUUUUUUUCAGUUUAAGUGAAGAUAAUGUGACAUGGUUUGUGAAAAGUCAGAAUGUCAAGGUGACUUUUUAUCUUUCUGAGAUAUUCUUUACAACAUUGUGCAAUAGUGCUGUUUUGUUGUAUCUUUUGAAUGUGAAUUAUCAUGUGAAAUACCUGCUAACUUUAAAAGCAUCGUCAGCCUUAUGCAUUUUUUUUUCUCUUCAAGCAGAACACACUCUACAUUUUCGGUCAAAUUCUGACCGUAUUCCUCAACCCACUUCAGUCCCAAAACAACCCACUCAUGGUCGUAUGCUACAUAAUAUUUCCUACUGUGCCAAAUAACAAAGCAAUAUUUUCAUUUACAAUCAGCAUUUGAUUUAACAAAAGCUGUAGCCUACAUUUGACCAUGCAUGAAAUUAUUUAGCACUUGAUGUGAAUGUGCCUCAAGAAUACAGUGUAUUGUGUGAAUGCUGUUUGAAAUAAAAGCAAUUCAACGAC